AUGUGCGCUUGUACGACGUCUCAAAAGAGAAACUCCGCUCCUGCAGCCCCUGAGUCCCUUGCUCAAGCAUCUCCUUCGGAUUGCAAAUCAUUGUCAACUCUACUGCGUGACUAUGAAACCCCUGGUGUCUUACCUCCAUCUGCACGGAUCGACCGUACGCUCAAGCUUCAGAGCCGACGUCCUUGGAACUUUUGGGAUAUGUGGAAAUACCCCGCAUUCGCGGUCGGAAAAGCGGCUUGUCUCGCUCGUGAUAUAGUUGCCUAUAGCAUAUGGGGUCCCCGAAGGAGGACAUGGGGCAUUGAAAUGACUAUUAUCAGUAGUCUGAUGAGGGAUGUUUCCCGGCAUUCGGCUCUUGCAGACAUAGCCAUGGUCCGUAUGGUAAUGGGGCUAUCCGGAUUGGUCCCUCUUCCAGGCGAUGCACUGGUCACCCCUGUCACCUUUCGAGUACACAAACGCAACCUCCGCGGUAUUAUACAGGCCCUGGACGCACAGGAAACCGGUGAACGUGAGCUUUCUGGAGAGUGGAUUGUUGGGAAGAAAUUGUGGCAGGCUUUGCAGUCAGACGAUCGAUCGACGAGACAAGUCGACGAAGAGAGUAUACUGGUGCAGUCGAUUAGCAGUGACGGGUCUGUUGGGCGACACCAUUCGCGAGUCAUGCUGUAUAUUCACGGCGGUGCAUAUUGUUAUUCUAGCGCUGCUGCGCAGAGAAUGAUUUCAAUACCUCUGUCGAAAUACACGGAUGCUCGCGUGUUUGCUAUCAACUAUCGCCUUGCACCCGAAACCCAGUUUCCUGGCCCUCUGCACGACGUGGUCAGUGCAUACAUGCGCUUGACUGACGACCUACAAGUUCCUUCGGGGAAUAUAGUUGUCGCAGGAGACAGCGCAGGCGGUGGUUUAUGUCUGGCAUUGUUAUUGUAUCUGCGAGACAAUGGGUAUAACAUGCCUGGCGGGGCAAUUCUGUUCUCGCCUUGGGUUGGUAAGUGCGCGGCCAGCAGCAUUUGGUGUCUCAUCCGCCCUAACAACUCGAAAGACCUCACCCUUAGCUGUCCCUCUUGGGAGACAAAUGCUGCGUAUGACAUAGUUCCGUCACCGGGUCCUGAUGCACACCUGCACCCGGUGGUGAUGUAUCUAGGGGAUGGAUUACAGCAAUAUCUGACACACCCAUAUGCUAGCCCGUUGUUUGGCAGGUUUGAAGGGCUACCUCCGUUACUUAUACAAUGUGGGGAGGCGGAGGUUUUGAGGGAUGAAAUAGGACUCCUUGCGCACAAGGCGUCGCUGGCUGGCGUUUACGUCCAACACGAAAUAUACGAAGACGCGGUCCAUGUCUUCCAAUCGUUUCCUUUUCUAGGCUUGGUGAAUGCUGCCUUCGCAUCCUGCCAUGACUUUGUCUUUUUCAAGCUUUCCGGGUUGCAAGACCCCUCGCCGAAGCUCCUUGGAGGGAUCUGCGAAGCACGCCUUGAGCACGAUAUUGAUAACGAAAAUGUUCGUGUCGUACGCGGGGACGGCACGGAGACGUGUGCUGGGAGACGUGGUGUCCAGGAACACAUGAAUCACGAACGACACGACCCGAACGACAUAGAAUCGGAGUUAUACAGCUGGGCUUCUACUCGCCCAAAGGGCGAUCCAAUCGUCAGCAUUGCGGAGACGAGGGAUCUUCUUCGUACUGACGUCGGCGGCGUUGAAGCACCUUCCGGGCUACGUCGUAUCAAAUCAACCCUCUCUGUCCUCGUCGCGGAACCGCCUCUGCCUAAUCAUCCUUACAAUUGUACUUAUCAGGGUGGUCAAGGUUCAGUCGGUGUAACUCGGAUGUUGGGGCGGCUUGUAAUUCAUGCGGGUAGUCCGACUUCUGAUUGCUUGGCUAUCGCUCGAUCCGCUCGUUAA